CAGCAACGACCAUGGCGCACCUCGACGGGAAGGAGAACAUUGCCGACGGGCUCGUCGCGAGCGCGUCGUUCAAGGCGCCGUCGUUGUCCCCGAAGAAGGCCGCGCCCAAAAAGAAGCGCGCGAAGAGCAUCGGCCCUGGCGGCCUAGAGAAGGAGGAGGAGGCGCCGCUGAAGGCGCGCAAUGGGAACAGGCGAAAGUCUGCGUUUGUUCCGGCCGUCAAGUCGAUCCUGUCGUCCAACGCCGAAGACGAGAGGAAGCGCAAAGAAGCGCGUCGCCAGUCGCUGGCCAAGAGACGCGUCUCGUUUGCGCCAGAGGCAACGCUGCACACGUGGGACGUGGUCGAGUACAUGCGCGAUGCAACCAGCUCCUCGGCCGCCUCAGACGCGACGCGCCGGGCCUCGCUGGCCUCGCAAGCCCCGAACCCAGAGUCAGAUCCCGCCGAGCCUCCCUCCACGCCGCCUGAGCAGGUGGUCGAGCCCGAGCCGCACGUCGAGUCGGCCCCCGCGAACCAGCGCGAGAGCCACCAGAAGAAGAACCGCCGCAGCUCGGGCAUCCCGCCCAUGAACUUCAACAACCCCGACCAAGCCUACUCGUCGAGCCCUCUGAGUGGCGACACUGCCUCGCCGGGCGAUCGAGUUGCGGAGAGCGAGUCUGAGGACGACGACGACGAUGCCACUGCGAACCUGGCCGUUGCACUCGACACCGAAGACAGCUCUCAGAGUAGCGCACGACUGGACGCUGCCCUGCGACAGGCCUUCGAGCAGGCCGGGACGCAGAAGCUGGAUUUCGACGACGACGGCGAGAUGACCAUGGAAAUGGCAGACGAUGAGACGACAGUUUCUUUCAAGCCCUGGGCGCGCAAGGCCGCGGAGGGGCAGGAAGAGCACGGAGCCACACACUCCUCUUCGCCAGCCAGGUCAGAGGCCGACGACGACAUGAGCAUGGACGUGACGCGCGCAAUUGGAAGCAUCGUCGAACAGCCAGACGCACAGAGCUCAGAUAUCGAGGACAACACAGGCAUGAGCAUGGAGCUUACUAUGCCGCUCGGCAGCAUCCAAGCCAUGGCCGCGAAGGCACCGGCGAACCGCAGGAAGAGCCUCAAGCGGAGCGUAUCUGCAGUCGAAUCAUCCCAAGGCAGUCCAGCGAAGAAGCCUGCCGGCCGCCGUACCAGCCUUCGAAACCGCCGCAAGUCCGAGGAACCCGCAGCUGGAGACGCAACAAUGGAUCUCACCAUGGCGAUUGGAGGCAUCAAGAGUAACAUUCUGGCGGGACAGCAAGACGACGACAGGCGCAGCAGCAUGGGCAGUGUCGCCAUGGAUGAGACUAUGGACUUCACCAUGGCAGUUGGCAGCAUCAAGACAGCUCCAACACCCGCUGUGGAUGCACAGGAAAGCGAUGCGGAUGACGAUGGCUUCACCAUGGAGUUCACCAAGGUAGUUGGGCCAGGCAUUAAGCGCACCGAACGACCAGCAGCAACGUCCGAGCAGCCCGCGACUGUCGACUAUCCCGUUUUGCCAGAGGUCAUGAAGACGCCUACUCCCGAGAAGCCUAGGGCUGCGAACGCGGCUCCGGAAACUCAGUUGGACCCGUUUCCUGUGCCGGUGGAGCAGACGCCCACCAAGUCCCCUAUUGCUGCCAAACUGAACCUUGAUCCUGGGACGCCAGCAUUUGUACGACAGCUCCCUGCUGGGGAUGUAGAACCCUCUCCGUUCGUCAGGCGAACACCGCUGAGCGCCCUCAAGAAGGAGGCCACCUCGACUCCCAUCAGGACUUCUGUUAGUGCCAGCAAAGCCAGAGCAGCUGCCGCUACCCCUGUCAGUGCAAGCAAGAGGACGCCUCUGAGCGCAAGCAAGAGGAGAGAGUCUUUGAUCAUUCCAGCAGACCCCAUCGAAGCCCCCAUCCUGAACAGGCGCCGCUCGUCGCUAGGUGGGGUACAGUUCAGCCCGAUCGCUGUGCCUCGCGAAGAGCCUACGCUCAGGAGUACAGCUCUGUUGUCGAACAGUAUCAAAAUGCUGUCAACACCCCGCAAAGCUGCACCUUUGCUGUCGCCUGUCAAGCGAGGCAUGACGCCAAAGAAAUCACAGACCCCCCAGAAGCAGGCUACACCUAAGCAGAAGACCCCAACGCCCAAGAAGAAGGCUCCUAGAAAGUCUCUGAGUCCCAAGAAGCGCGUGGUGUUUGGUGCAGAGCCCGAAAAGGAGGAGCCUGAAGAGAUCGACGAAGAUGUGUCCGAGAUCGAGCGCAUCUCUUUGUCAGAGUUCUUGAGCUUGACCAAGAUCUCCUUCAUGGACGUAAGUGCUAGCAAGCGACGAGCCACCGUGGCUCCGGCCGCCUUCCGCGACAUGGAUGUUGAUGAGACACCGGAGACUCUAGACCGAUAUGUCGUUGCUGGUGCAUGUGUGGUUCCUGAGUACGAGCUGUACUCGCACGCUUGUCACGAGAUGAAGAGGUACAUCUCCAGCGGCCGUGAAGCUGUUCGCCAGAUCGAAGCGAAUGUGGAGGAAGAGAACCCGCUUCUCUUCAGCGAGUACCUAGCAGCACCUCCAGACCAGCGUAACGUCAUGGAUAAACAAUUCCUGAACGCAAGGGCGAACGCUCGUCUUGAUGCUCGCGGCGAAUGGUACUCGUGGCGAAGCACGCUGCUGGGAACCCUCAAGGCUAGCCUUCUUUCUACGCUGGAGGACUUCAAGGACGACGAUGCUUCUCUGGCCAACCAGGAGCGCCUUCUUGACGUGGUCUUGCCUCCUUUGGUUGAGAAGCAGGAGCAGCUUGUCACUGAGCAGAAGCAACUGCAACAACGCCAUGAAGAACUUAACAGCUGCGAUCGCGAGGAGCUCGAACUGACUCGCGAGAACCUCAUCGCUACCGACGCCGAAUUGCAAGCGAAACGCGAGCUUCUGAUGCAGCUCCAGCAAGACCUUUCCGACAAGGAGGCGCGCAUCGACGCCACCAAGGAGCGCAAAGUCGAAUGCCUCGCUGAAACCAAGGCAGCUGAACGCGUCCGGGAGGAGUGUCGAGGCUGGUCCACAACCGAAGUCCGAGACCUGAGAGCCAAGGUUACCGCUCUCGAGAACACCCACGGCUGGAGCAUAACCUCCGCCUCCUCGUCAAGCAUCACAAUGACCCACCUCUCCGAUCUUGAGCUCUACUUCCAACCCUCCUGCUUCGCCACAGGCACAUUCCCAACACCAAACGGUUCCAUCUCCCUGGCCUAUGUCGGCGACUCCGCACAGCCGCACCCGCGCCCCCUGACGACGAGCAAGCGUUUCUUCCUCCAGCUGAUCCGCGCACAACUACACUGUAUCCCGCAGUCCACCGCCUCCAUUGCACAAGUCCUUGCGCUCGUCAAGAACGGCUGGGCCGCUGCGCUCGCCGUGGCUGAAGGCGCAACAUGGCUCGAACAUAAUUUCGUCACCGAGGAGUGCAUCCUCAGCGACGAGCGCAUGGGUGUCCAGGCCGAUAUGCUACUCCCUACCCUGCAAACCAAGAUCCGUGUCAAUUUUGAGAUUGGCGUCAAGCUCGAGGACGGCGAGGUGGAGACCGAGGUGGGCAUCAAGGCCGAGGUUGUGUAUGGCGAGAAGUAUGGGGAGGAGAAAAUGGGUGCAUUUUUGAGGGACUUUUGUGGCGAGACAAUCAAGGAGGGGAGGGAUAUGGCGUGUUGGGCUGAUGGGAUGUGUGAUUUGAGGAGCAGGUUGAAGAAGACAGGGCGCAAGGGGGAGAGGAAGUAGAGCUGCGUUGGUGCAGUGAGCCGCAUCAACGGCUGAUUACGAGUUAUGACGGCGUUUGGGACCUGAAUGGUCUGGCCUUGUAUUAUGUAUUGGCGGUUCGUUCAUAUCUCAUUGCUCGCAAGCAUCUUCAAUGUAUGUUCGCAUCGAUUG